AUGGUUGCCGCCUCCGCCUCUGAGGAGCUCGAUGUGGUCAUCAUUGGUGCUGGUAUCUCCGGCAUCAAUGCAUCCUACAGAGUGAGUGCGAGUCUUUCUACAGUGCUUUCACACCUUUCAAGUCCUGAGCUGAUCAUACGACAAUUCAACUCUGCGGCGCCCGACGUCCACUCGCAGCUGCAAACCAUGACCAAGUGGCAAAAUUACACUGUGCUCGAAGGUCGCUCCGAAAUGGGCGGUACUUGGAGCCUGUUCAACUACCCCGGCAUUCGUUCAGAGUGAGUACGGCUCGAUUGCCACCUGAUAUGAAAGUGACGCGAGCGGAGCGCAGCUGGGCCGAGUCGGAUCGGUGUCAACACCUUGUGUGGGAUCAGGAGGGCGAGGAGGCGAGGGUGAGCAAAGUAGCUGACUGCUCGUGCCACUCGACUCUUCUGUCUGCCACUCAGCUCGGACAUGUAUACUCUUGGCUUUCCCUUCCGACCAUGGCUCGACGCCAAGGGUAUUGCGAGGUGAGAGCAGCGCGCAAGGCACAGUUCAAAAGGCUUCUUACUCACGUCGCUGCUUUCGCCUUUUGUACUACCCAGUGGCGAGGACAUUCUAAAGUACGUCAAGGACACGGCCCGCGAGACGGGCGUUGACAAGCACAUUCGCUACAAUCACAAAGUACAACGAUUGGAUUGGAAUUCCGAGACCAAGAGAUGGACUCUCUACGUCAACGCCAAUGGCCAAGAGAAGACCUUCACUUCCCGCUUCGUGUACUCGUGCGCUGGGUACUACAGCUAUGACGAGGGCCAUAACCCGGAGCUGCCGGGUCAGGACAACUUCCAGGGCAAGCUUAUUCACCCGCAAUUUUGGCCGAAGGAUUUGGACUACGUCGACAAGAAGGUGGUGGUUGUUGGCAGCGGAGCAACUGCGAUCACUGUCGUUCCAGCUAUGGCAGAGAAGGUCAAGAGCAUCACGAUGCUGCAGAGAAGUCCCGGUUAUUUCCUGAAGCUGCCUAGGCGAGACGCGGUAGUAGAGUUGUGGAAGAAAAUCUUGCCCAGCCAAGCUGCCCACUCGUUUAUCCGGAUGAGAAAUGCUUUCCGCGCAUACCUGCUGGUCUGGAUCUGCAAAGGCUUUCCCAGCGUUGCCAGAAGAGUGCUGAGAUACUUGACUGCGAAGGAGCUCCCCCCUCACAUUCCCUUGGACCCUCACUUCAACCCCAGCUACAACCCUUGGGACCAGCGUAUCUGCCUGGACCCUGACGGCGAAUUUUUCGCCUCCCUUCGCUCCGGAAAAGCCAACAUUGCAACAGGACAUAUCGACACAAUCACUUCGAAUGGCAUCAAACUCAAAGACGGAAGCUUUUUGGAAGCAGACAUCAUCAUUGCUGCGACAGGGCUCAAAAUGACAAUGGCAGGAGGCUCUCAGCUGUACGUGGAUGGAAAGAAGAAAGACAUCGGACAACUGUACAUCUACAAAGGACAGAUGCUCGAAGACGUGCCAAACUUUGGUCUCUGCUUGGGCUACACCAACGCGUCCUGGACGCUCGGAUCCGACUUGGCAUCUCGCUACAUUGCGCGCUUGAUCAACGAGAUGGACAAGAAGGGCAUCGACGUGGUCACUCCUCGUUGCGACCACACUACUGUGAACGAAAAGCCGCUGAUCAAUCUCAAUUCGGGCUACAUUACCAGGGCUAGAAAGGAUCUGCCAAAGGGAGGAAACAAGGCCCCUUGGUACCUACGACACUCUUUCUUCUACGACUUGCUCGUCGUCAAAUUUGGAAGCGUCCUCGACAGCCUCGAGCUUUCUGCUGCCACUCACGCCCAAGAGCUGACAGAGUGA